UCUAUACUCGGACUUCGAACAAGCAAAUAUUGCUUCAUAAUUUUCAGAUAUUUUGCAUCACAAUCAAUAAAAUAAAAAUACCAGUUAAAAAAUGGACGAGGCUCUUGACACUAUAUCUUUAAUGAUACCAAGACGUUUAAAAUGGGAGGAAUUCUAUCUCAGAGCGGUCUAUUUGCAACUGUUAUUGGAGAGGAAAGUGAGGCGAAUGUGCAGAGGAUUGGAGGCUUGGCAAAUUGUAACAAAUACGGCGCUCUGUAUGUUUGUUCUUUGGCUGUGCGUUGAGGUUUUGAGAUGGAUAGUUUGGUGGUUAUUUAUGCAAGAUGAAGGCAUCGUGUUUAGAUCUAAAAAGACCUUCUUCAAGAUUUUCCGAAAACUGCCAUUUUUAGAGGAGAAGAUAAAAACAGAACUAAAUAUCAAAAAAGCUGAACUUGAAAGAGAAGUGGGGAAGCAAAGAAUGGGCGAAAUUUAUACCACAAAGCUGCCAAAAACUGGAUUACCUAAGGAUCAGCUUCUUCAGCGCAUUAUCGAAUAUCAGCAAUUAGGCAAGAUAUCCUGGGAUAUGGGUUCCGGUGUAGUAUACCAUGGCGGGAAUGAUCUGACCGAAAUUCAGACGCAGGUGUUCAACAAAUUUCUGUGGUCAAACCCCCUGCAUCCGGACGUUUUCCCAGGAGUGCGCAAAAUGGAAGCUGAAGUGGUUCAAAUGUGUGUGAACUUAUUCAAUGGCGGAAGCGAUGCUUGUGGAACGAUGACUGCAUCUGGCACGAAUAGCAUUCUUAUGGCGUGUAAAUCAUAUAGAGAUUGGGGCAGAGACGUUAAAGGAAUUACCAAACCUGAAAUAGUUGUUUCCGAAUCAGCUCAUGCAGCUUUUGAGAAGGCUGCCGAGUACUUUCGGAUGAAACUUAUCAAAGUUCCUGUGAACCAAAAGAAAAGGAGUGUUAGCAUAAAAGCAAUGCGAAAAGCCAUCACCAGGAACACUGUCUUGCUUGUGGGUUCAGCACCGGAGUUUCCUUCAGGAAUUAUAGACAACAUUGAAGAGAUUGCGAAACUUGGUAAAAGAUACAACAUCGGUGUCCACGUCGAUGCGUGCCUCGGAGGAUUCGUGUUGGGAUUCAUGAAAUCUGCUGGUUUCAAAUUACCUCCCUAUGAUUUUUCUGUCGACGGAGUGACAAGCAUAUCAGCUGACGCUCACAAGUACGGUUGUGCUCCGAAAGGAUCCUCUGUCAUCUUAUAUCAUACGAAAUCCUUAAGACACUACCAAUAUCACACCAGUACCGAAUGGACAGGAGGUAUUUACGCAACAGCAACAAUGUCGGGCUCAAGACCCGGCGUGCUGGUUGCGCAAUGCUGGACGACCAUGAUGCAUCUUGGUAAAUCAGGUUACGUUGAUGCAACCAAGCGCAUUGUUAAAACGACAAGAGCCAUUAGAGAUGGUUUACGACAGACUAAGGGCGUAUUUGUGUUUGGUGAGCCAGAAGUGUGUGUUGUUGCAUUCGGAUCAAACGACUUCGAUAUAUUCGCGUUAGGAGAUGAACUCUCCUCUCGAAAAUGGAAACUGAAUGCUUUGCAAUUUCCAUCCAGCCUCCAUAUCUGCGUCACUCUACCAAUGACGAAAUCGGGAGUUGCUGAAAGGUUCCUCCGCGAUGUCCGGGAAUGUAGUAAUAAAAUUCUUAGAAAUCCCGAAUGGAAAACAACUGGUGCAGGUGCAAUUUACGGCAUGGCGCAAAAGAUACCUGACAGAUCGAUGGUUAAGGAGUUAGCUAGUCAUUACUUGGACUGUCUUUACUCAACCAAAUGCCAAUCAGCUGAAAAUGGCAUCUGAAUAUAGAAGCAGUUAAAUUUAGAUUCGCCGCUGAUUAUGCGAAAUAUAGCAGCCUACAGUAUAUUCUCCAAUCACGCUAAUGCAUCACAAAAUUCCCAAUGUAAAUAAUGAAUGGUUA